GUUACACAGUAACCUCCUGUGGCUGGAGACGCGUCCUGACGGAGGGAAAAGCGGGUGAAGGCUGGUCUGAGAUGAUCUGAUGAAUGUGCAGAUGUUUAGUGUCGUGUCCGGGGCGUUUAGCAGCGACGCACGACACGAAAAACAGACAAAAGAAGAGUUUUUAUUCAUUCUGCAGCGACAGAAACACGCUCCUCUGCGCGCAUUUGGGAUGAUGUCAGCGCGUAACCGGGACUAAAGUGCAGAAUUAGAGCAGGUUAGACUGUCUCCAGCUCGUACACAGCCUGUUUUGUUUUUAUUUUUGGAGAAACAGAUGUCCAAAGAGCUGCGUGAGCGCGCGUAAAGUGUCGAUGCAGCGCCUCUGUGGCUCAUCCAGAAGUGCUGCAGCCAGGUCACACUUCUCACCGGGCACAUUUCCAUCUGUAUGACACAGACAGAGACAUAGACAGAGAGUCAGAGAGUUUCCCUUUGACCAUGGAGCUGCUGGAGUGUCCUCUGUGCCUCUUCCUCAUGGUGGAGCCGGUCACUGUGUCCUGCGGUCACACGUUCUGCCGGAGAUGCGUCUGGACUUUCCUCCCGUCCAAAUGUCCCCAGUGCAAAGACAAACUCAAACCCAGAGACACGCGGGCCAUGAAGAACAACGUGCUGCUCAUCAGUGUGGCAGAAAAGUGCUGGCCCCAAGAGACGAAGAUGAAGAGCCACAUCCAGGAGAAGCUGAAGGCUGGACAGUUCGUGGAGGCUUUACGCAUCACCAACGAGGGAUUGGACCAGGUCCCCGAGGAUCUGAGUCUGAAGCUGUUCAGAGCUGAAGCCAACACGGGCCUCCUGCGUUUGCCCGACGCUCUGACCGACCUCGACUACCUCUGCUGCCUCCGACCCAACUGGACCGAGGGCCUGUUUCGUAAAGGGAACGCGCUGCUGGAAAUGGGUCAGAAGACGCAAGCGCUCAUCCAGUUUCACCGAUGCCUGAAAGUCCAAGCGGAUUUCACCCCUGCGAAAACCCAAAUCAAAAAGAUCUUGGAGGCAGAGGGCGUAGCGGUGCCGGAGGAGCUUCCCGGGAUGCUGCAGGUCGUGUCUGAGUACUUGAAAGAGCCGUAUCCUAUCACCAGUCUGACCGGCUCCCAGGGGCCCCACCCACGAGGAGCGGAGGGCGAGAGCGACGCCAGGAGAGGCGCCGCACAGGUGAAACAGGACACGGGGACGGAGUGCUGCCUCUCCCUGUGUCAGGCCGUGUCCUUCCUCCCAGCCGCUGACGAAGACGAUGAGCUGAUGAUGAGGAAAGAGUUUGUGCAGAGCAGAGCCGAGAGCAGCCUGAGCCGUGACAAAACCCUGAGUCUCCUGAGUGUGUCCGACUUCGAAUGCCCGCUCUGCAUCAGGUUGUUUUUUGAGCCGGUCACUACGCCCUGUGGUCACACCUUUUGUAAAAACUGCAUGGAGAGAAGUCUGGACCAUAACCUCCGAUGUCCGCUCUGCAAACAGCCGCUGCAGGAGUAUUUUAAAAACAGGAAGUUCAACGUUACAGUUCUGCUCCAGGACAUGAUGACGCGCCUGUUCCCAUCCCAGCUGUCAGAAAGGGAAGAAAUCCACAACAAUGAGAUGGCUGAGCUGUCAAACCUCACACAGGACAUCCCGAUCUUCGUCUGUACUGUGGCGUACCCCGGCGUCCCGUGUCCGCUGCACAUCUUCGAGCCACGGUAUCGUCUGAUGAUGCGGCGCUGCAUGGAGACGGGCACGAAGAAGUUUGGCAUGUGCAGCUACGAGCACGGCAAAGGGUUUGCGGAUUACGGGUGUAUGCUGGAGAUCCACGGUUUGGAGCUGCUGCCUGACGGACGCUCGUACGUGGACACCGUGGGAGGGAGCCGUUUCAGGGUUUUAAGGAGAAGCCAGAGAGACGGAUACCACACCGCAGAUAUCGAGUACCUAGAAGACCAGAGGGUCGAAGGGAGCGACUUGGAGCUGCUGCGGCGUUUACAUGACAGUGUUUAUCAGCAAGCGCAGGACUGGUACCAGCGUCUGGGGACUCGGCUCCGAGACCAGAUCGACAGACAGUACGGGACCAUGCCGGAGAAAGAAGACGACAUGCAGGCUUCUAUCAACGGUCCCAUAUGGUGCUGGUGGUUGCUGUCUGUCCUGCAGCUGGACCCGGCCUAUCAGACCACUGUCCUGUCCCUGACCUCUCUCAAAGACCGCCUGGGACACCUGCGCCUCGUCCUGGAGUACUUCUCUCAGAGCUAGGGGGCAGCACUGGGUUCAAAACUAGCUCAAAAUGAAACGCAGAACUCACAAGUGGUGAUCGUCGGGUUUGGACGGGCUUGAUUUUUAACUACUUUUGAGUAAUUUUUAUGUGUAUUUUACUGACGCACCUCAAAGCCAAAUCACUUGGGCCAUUGAGACGACGACAACAACAAAAACAACGACAACGACAACAACAAAAACAACGACAACGACAACAACAAAAUGCAAAUAUAAUAACUUUAAAGGGCCGAUAUUAUGCAAAACUGACUUUUGUAGCUGUAAUGUUCUAACGCUGUUUCCUCCUCAAAAACAGACCUGGAGUUGUGUUUUGUUUCACUUACACAUGUUUGAAUGAUCCUGGUGUAUUAGUCUGUCACAUCUCCAAAGCUCAAAACGCUCUGUUCCACCUCGUGAUGUCAUGAAGUGGUAGUUUUCAAGUUACGUUAGCUACGUUUUUUACCUUCAGUUCAGUAGAGAUGUGCAAUUCCAGGGCAGAAAUCAAUCAAAUUAUUCUCGAGUGAAGGUUUAUAGAGUUUAAAAACACGGCGAAACACUUCCUGUAUUACCACAUGAUGACAUCACAAUGUUGAACAUGACAUCACAAGGUGGAACAGAGCGUUUUCAGUUGGAGAGAAAACCUAACCAACCUAAAUGUGCAGGGUUUGUGUGUUAAACAUGUGUGAAUGAAACACAAAAACACAACUCCAGGUGUGUUUGUGACGAGGAAACGACAUUAGUACACAAAAAAACGUGUAAUGUGGGCCCUUUAAACCUCACGUCACAUGACCACUAGGUGUCACUAUUGUCUACAUUUUUAACACAGAACAGUGUGCGGCAAAUCCAAGCUGUUCAAAACACCUUUUUAUCAAAUUUAAAGAGAUCACGUUGCUAUUUUUGAGAUGUGGAAAGUCUAUGCACAUGACGUCUGUGGCAUUUGUACUCUGCAGGUGGGACUUUGGCGAAGGGGGCGGGGCUUAUAUGCAGUAACGCUUGUGUUUACUUUCCAUCUGCCUUGAAGCCCUUUUACUACGGCCAUUUUUAUAUUGUGUCACUAUCUUCCCUGGUUAGACUUUAGAACCUUAGGAGUAAUUAUAGUGCUGUGCCCAAUGGGAUUUUUUCUUUACAUUUUUUGAAUCUGUUUGUGAAUUGAUUGAUCACAGCGCCAUCUCCUGGAGCUUUAAUUUAAGUGUUGAAUGUGAGUGAUCAUGUUUGAGUGAAAGCGAGUGGGUUUUUUUAGUUUUUUUGUGAUGAGCUCGUGACUCAUUUCUAAACAUGCAGUUCUACUAGUCACUUUGCUGCUAUAAUUUCACACGUCCCAGUCAGUAAAUUACGAUAUGGAGCAAAAAUAAACAUUUAAAAUACAAAAAAUAAUUAUUUAAAGGGCUUAUAUCACACAAAAUGGAGUCUUGUGAGGUUUAAGUCAUGUUCUAAUGCUGUUUCCUCCUCAAAAACAGACCUGGAGUUGUGUUUUGUUUCAUUCAUACGUUUGAGUAACCCUUUGUUAUUAGUCUGUUACAUCUCCAACGCUCAAAAUGCUCCGUCCCACCUUGUGAUGUCAUCAAGUGGUAGUUUUUUUUUAAGUUAACAGCUCCUUUUUACCUUUAGUUCAGUAGAGAUUGGCAAUUCCAGGACUGAAAUCAUCA